AUGCUUACGCCUACUGUCGUGGACCUUGCAAAAGGCCACUUCUACCCUUUCGGCAAUACGCCUGCUGUUAAUUUCCUGCGCGACUAUCGCCCUUCGAAUAGCGAUAAUGUCGACAUACUCGCGCUUGGCUGUGGCGAUGCGCGCAACCUCCUGUUCUCCCUCUGGUCUGAACACAAAGGCAACGGAUGCAACUUCAACUUCACCGUUUGCGACCUCAACCCUGCUGUUUUUGCUCGAAACAUAUUCCUUUUGAGCGCGAUCCAGACACUUUCUCUCGACGCCGGCGAUGCCGACUAUGAUCUAUUGAGCAGGCUUUGGAGGAUCUACUAUCAUCUCUUCAUUACUCAGGAUGACCUCACCUUUGUGAAGCAACAUGUCAGCCACCUCCGAGCCGCGUCUGGAAGCCUGGAAACUUGGCUGCAAUCGCCCUUUGGAUCUGUCUUUCACUUCUCUAGUGAGUCGACAUUGAUGGAGAUCCGCUCUUUCUGGAACUCAUACUCUGAGUUGCGUACAACCGAUCAAGAUCAGCAAGUCCGACAAAGUAUCGCCUCUCUUCAUGUUGGAGACUGGCAUAUCAAUGGUAGAACAGCCAGAGUUACGUCGCACGGUAUGCGCUCAGCAGGCGCCCACAGCCUGGAGUCUGUUGACUCGAUGAACCAAGCCUUGCACGAAUUCUGGAAGACUGGAGUUGUAGCAGGCAACUUCGACGAUGUUGCUAUGCUACGUCGCGAGAAUGGCGGCUGCGUGAACCCCCUCAUAUCCGGUUCCCCGACUUGUCCAACCGAGUUCGCUGUCCCAUAUGGCGUUGAGCCCUUGAUCGGCUAUCAUCUUGCGGAGGCAUUCAGCUCCACUCAGUCCGUGCCAACAAGCAUGGAUGUGUUGGCAAAACUGGCCAAAUCGCAAUUUUUCGACUGGUGUCGCAGCUUCACUCUCUGUGUCAAGUCGAAAUCUGUCAGCGUCAUGUGCCACACUGGCGAGGCUAUUAACUUUGCUCAUGCCUUGCAAGAUCUUCGUGGCUCUCCCACUUUGCCUGCUGAUACGCAUCGCUACACCAAGCCAUGGUGCGCAACUCAGCUGCUACUGGAACCGACUCUUACCAGCCAGUUCGACAUAAUCGAUACCUCCAACAUCAUCGAUUACCACGGCAUCUUGAACGUCCUCCCUGCAGUAACACCUCUACUGAAACAUGCCCCAUGUUCUAUCCUUUACUUCGAAACCCUUUUGCAGGCAGCCGAGAAGCAUGAAUCGACUCUGGUAACCCUACUUCAUGCUAAUGUCACAACUAUCUCGCUGUUGCUAGGCGUUACGCCUAUGGGCCACAUCCUUGACACUACGACCGACUCGUUCGAAAGCGAAGAGAUCUUCGACAGAGUUUGCCCACCCACAACAGGAUGUCUGGCGCAACUGCGUCUGCGUAUUCCUUUUCGCAGCGCGUUUCAUGGCGACAGAGAAUUAUUGAGAGACGGGCCUUGCAAGCCUUUCCCUUUGCUCCGGAUCAACCCUCAAGAACUUGCUAGUUUCUUCAAACAGGCUUAUCUUUCUAUGUUCCGUGAAGCAGAAGAUACCAGUAUUCGCAACGCAGUAAUGCUGCGCAAGAUGAAUCGUCCCUUGGCUGGCGAUCGGUUCUUCUACUCUAGGCUUUCACUUGUUACUCUUGUGGCAGCAGCAAAGAGAACUGUACAGACCGACUGGAAAGCUUGCAUCGACGCACUCAUGGAGUCAAUUGAGAAUGACCGAACGCUGAUCCUGGGAUCCAACGGAAUGCAGGAGCUGUAUCUCCACUUCCAUCAGACUGGCCUUUGGGAUGUGCCAUUGCUGAGGGCAGACCCGAGAGGGCAGAUGACUCCGUAUGGCAGAACGAGAUCUCGUGACGAGAGUGGCAUGCUGGGAAGCGACGACUUGCCGGCGAUCGUUCAUGUCGCCCUUGUUGUCCCGAGAUCUAAGCUGCGUAUCUUCACUGAUCGCCCUGCGGAUCAAGUUGGCACGCCUGGCCUACGUCUUACCGUUUUCAAUGAUCAAUUGUUCGAUGACUUCAACUUCUAUGCGAUUGACACCUUUUUUGGACGUCUCAAGGAAGCCCCCGCUGCUAACGGCGAUAUAACCAUUGACGAAGACCCUCUGGGUUGGUCGGGUAUGUCAGACUUGAUUGUUACUUGUGCUGUUCCAACGUGGCCUCUGCUUGUUGGAAACAGAAAGGACGUUUGUCUUGGUCUGGUAGUCAACAGCAACGCCUCAUUCGACACUGUCCAGUAUUCACUCCAUCUUGGGUUCCGCACCCAAGUUUUUACAGCAAAUCUGGACAGCAACCAUGUCAAAAUCUUCGCUCGAGCACCUACUAAGGCCGUAUCAGCGACCGCACAACCUACACAAAAUUCCGCCAUGUGUAUUGACAGCAUCGACGGCGACUUUCAAGUCUCGGAGGAGAAGCCGGCACCCGAAAUUAGUAACAAAGGCAGUGAUGAUGGCCCUAAUUCUACUACAGAGUCCGCUGAAACCAUCUCAUGGGUGGUACAACUCAAGAACGAUUGCACCGUGCAAUCAAUCACAGCCACCAAAGCCUUUGCACCAAACUUGGAGACAAGCCACGCUCUCAAGAAAGGCACCGCAAUCGAGAUCAGUCAAAUCUCGCCAUGUGUUAUGGAGCUUUCUCUUGAACAGCUCACCCAUCGUAUCGCCUUUCCAUACCCGAUCAAUGGCAUGAAGGCUAAACUUACUCGCAACCCCGUGUCCAUCGAGUUGAGCGCUCCUACUUCGAACUCCAUUGAGAUUGGUGGCUAUGCCAUGAACCCUUUCCCUGUCAUCGAUCAAAACGGGACUGGUGACUUCCUGGCAUGGGGCAUGGGACGUGUAGAUAUCGAUCGCCAGCCCUUGAUCAAGCUACCAGUCGACCAUUUAUGGCUGGAAGGCAUGUUCGCCACGGCAUCCACUCGAGCAGACCGUGCCUUGAACUUAUCGGACAUGGACUACUCGCGCAAACCCGCCAUGUUGAAGUUGAGAGAAGGCUUGCCACUGCUAUUCAUGGGUCUUGUCGGCCUCCAUCCCCGUUACCCCGGCAAGAUAUUCCGCCUCUACGUCUUGACCGAGGGCGACAAAGUGGACGCAUUCAUCAUCUCCAACGCCAUACACCACGACCGAGACUCGGGCUCCAUCUUCCUGGACGCAUUCGUCGUGCCAUUGACCCCCGAGGUCGCCAAAAGCGGACUCGUCCAACCCACUCUCAACGCCAACCGCAAAGAGCUAAUCGAUACGGCCAGAGAAGAAAUGAUACUUUGGAAACACCUGAUCCCCGCAACCGUCGAGCGCUGCCGCACAUGGGAACACAAGGAAACCUGCGAAUACAAAAUCAACACCACAAACACAAUCCCCCUGUCCACCUUCGCCUGCAGAUCACCCAUCUGCACUUGCGGAAACGGACAAGAUACAAACCACCUGCCACCGGAUUUUAAACCUCUGGCUGACUUUGCCACUCGCGUUGCUAUCCCUAUCAUCCAUGCUAUUCCUUACAUGGUGGCUAUGAUGAUGGAUAAACUCCCCAACAGCACGUCUUCUCAAACUCCCGCCGCCCCUCGCGAUAUUUGCGGGCAUUGUGGAAGCAUCAAGUUUUCCGGUUUGAAGGCUUGUACGAGGUGUGAAAAGGUCAAGUAUUGUAAUCAUGCUUGUCAGAAGGCCGAUUGGAAGGAACAUAAGAAGGUGUGUAAGCGUUGAGAUGUGUUGUGGUUGAUUGUUCAUCGAAUGGAGGAGAUGAUCAGCGGAGGAGGAAUGUAGACGGUUGAUGAUAGAGGGAGUAAGGAGGAGUUAAGGGGGUAAAUAAGGAGGAAGUAAUGCUGCUACCGCAUACUUGUAACAUAGCAAUCUCGAGCAAAGAACUCUGGACCGCGGCUUUGCUUCAUCCGCUCCUUCCGUAGUCUUUACAAUAUCAUACCCGAUGAAAAAAGGUUAGAGUGCUAUAAAAACAGCCUGACCAAAUACGAACCCUUUCCGCCCAUCCUGAAUUAGUUGGAGUCUCACAUACUAGGUGCUUAUUAUGCUUGUUCUUCU